AUGCGGAGAGACAUGGGCUCAGGUAUAACACUACAAAAAGUGAACUACUCAUCUCCUAGGGUUGAGCUAAAUGGUGCCGCCCUGAGGAGAGUAGAGCGGUUUAAGUACCUGGGUCAAUGGCUCACCGAAAGCCUUAAUGACGAUCCUGAUUUGGAACGAGAGCGCAGGGCGUUGACGGUCAGAUGCAAUAUGCUGGUGCGCAGCCUGUGGACCAGCUUCUCGCAGCGAUCGUACAAUGCGUUUAGGAUACUGAUGGGUCUGCCUCGGUACUGCAGUGCGUCGGGGAUGUUCGCCGAUGCCCGUACGGAUGACUUUUACGCUAUUAUGCGUAAAAGAGCGGCAUCCCUAUUGCAUAGGUUGCAGGGUAGCACCAACAGUCUCCUAAACGUAUUUGUCGUCAGAGUAGACUGCCCACUGAUGAGGCGUUGGAACCAACUGCAUGAACCCAACGGCCCAACGCAUCAUCGAAAUAGAUUAUGUUAA